CAGGCAGGUGGGAACAAUGUUUUGGUACCUGCUACAAAUGCUGUUUGCCAGCCUGAGUCAGCAGGUGAGCACCACGGCUGCUGCACCCCUUCUCCACGUCUCUCCCUCCUCCCAGGGUGAAUUCUACUCCCUGGCCAAGCGCUUCACUGUCCCCUUCUCACCACUGCCACUGGCCUUCCCCUCGGAUCACGAGCGCAUGGUUUACUUUGGAGCCUCCAGCUACUUCUUCAACACAGCUGGCAUUGCCUACCAAAAGGCUGGGGCCCUGGUCUUUGAAAUCACAGAGGCCAUGAUCCCAAAGGAAGCAGGAUUCCGAUUGGACACCUCUGUCUUCUCAGCCUUCAUUCCCCAGCUGGAGGAGAUGUACCCAAACAUGCCAAUGAAGUUCAGGCUGUCUGCUCCCACUGCUCCGUUCCUGACUAUUGGACCAGGAGGAAUCUCGUUCCAGCCCAUUGUGGAUGCUCAGGCUUAUGCCAUCCUUCCCAACUCCAGCCUGGUUCCUCUCUUCCUCCUCAGCCUGACAGGGAACGUGUCUGCUGUCAUCAACGAGAGAUCCGGCCGCAUAGUUGGGAGCCUGGAUGUGGGCAGGAUCAGGAUCUCUCUGAAGGAUUCGGCUGUUGGCACUUUCCAGGUGAGCUCUCCUAGACCAUGACCAGAGCCCCGAGCAGGGAGCUGGCAGCCUGCUGGGGCCAGGACAAGGCUUCAUUCCCUGCUGCCUCCCAACACGGGACCC